AUUCAUUAUGCAAUUUUAUAGAAUUAAAUCUUAUUUAUCUUCAGAUAUAAAAACUAUAUUUACCAGCUGAAACAAUAACGCAUAUGCAGUAUAAUAUAAUCUACUUAACAAUCUCGUUUUAGUUAUAAUAUGUGAUUAAUUCUUUUGCUAUUUCGCUAUAAACAGUUUCUUGUGCAUACAAUAUUUUUUUAUAGUAUUCUAAUAUAUUGUUAGAUAUUGUAAAGAAAGUAAAAUACAGUUAUUGAAGUUUGGGAACAUUCAAUGUUAAUCUUGCUUCAAAAAAUAAUCUUUCGAAUGAAUGGGGAAUAGAUUUUUAGUAUUAUAGUUGGUAUAAUGUCAUCAUUGUUUACAAUGUGUUAGAGUUAAAGAAAUGAGACAAAUUAAUAUUUCAGAAGCAAAUUCAAUUUUUAAAUGAUGUUAUUUUAAAAUGGCAGAUGAUAUGAAUGUUCUUUUUAUACGAGGAAAUGGAAACGUAUGUAUGGAUACAGACACAGCCAAUGAUAAUGUUUGGAAUGAUAGUGCAUUAAUAGAAGCAUAUGAUAAAGCAAUAAAUUUAGCAAAAGAAGAAGUUAUCAAGCGAAUGGGAAUGGAUGUUGGAAAUUCUCAACCGAAAGAAAACCUACAAAAUCUUAAGCAGCCUAAACACGCAAGUAAAUUACACAAGAAAUGGAUCAUAGGAGCACCUUAUCGUGCAAUAUACUCAGAGGAUGGAGAAAUUUAUGAAGCUAUAAUAUCAAAAAUUUACGAAAACAAUGGCACGUGUUGAAGUGGUUACCACUUCUAAGAAAACUCUACAUCUGGUCUUUUUUAGUUUUCUCAAGCACUGAAGCCAUCGACAGCGCGUAGACAAAAGACUGCGACGAAGUCAGGCCAUAAACAGUAGACAGGCAACGUUGGCUUCGGGGUUUUCAGUUAUUAGGUAACACAGCUAGCGUGCGGAUCUGGACCAGCUCAAAUUGUAUUUUUACUUAUUACACUUCUAUUUAAAUAUAUUUUCUACCUUACAAUUUA